CGAGUCUCUUAACGCUCACCCCCGUGCCCCCUUACCCACCAGGGCCCAUGGAGGUCCGAGGCUUUCGGCCUCAGUGAGCGGAAUGGGUGCGCUCACGACCUGGAGGGCGAGAUGAGAUGUCCCUCGGCGUGAAGUGGCCGUGACUACCCUUAGCACUUUGCGUUCCCCGCGCAGGCGACGAAACAGGCUCUCGAGGGGAGACAGCCGUGCGUCCUCUGGGCCGUGAAGCCGGGGGAAGAGGGUUCCUCUAGACGGCUCGAUGUGCCCAGGAGAGACACCCACGCUGAACUUGCAGGCUGGGGCGCUCCACCAGCUCGAACCUCUCGCCCCGCACUCGCCGCGGCACUGGUCUCGUGGUAGGCGGGGUGGGCGGGACGGCAAAUCCGCGGCUCCUGGGUCUAUUGGGCUGCUCGGGGCAGUGCAGCUCCGUAUUGGCCAGGCCCUCGCUCCGCCCAGCUUCCGCGAGCCCAUUGGUCGCAGGCGCCCGACAGGGUCGCAGCCGCGCGCCCCGCCCGCCGCUGCGUCCCCACUAUGGCGGCGCCCAUGCAGCUCACCGCGUCGUGGGCGCCCGCCGGGGUACCCCGCGGCUGUCGCCGCCGCCUACGCCGUCGCCUCCGCCUUCCUGCCCCGCGUCGGGCCGGGCGCCACCUCCCCCCUGCCUCCCUCUCCGCUGUGGUCAUUUAGGAAAUCGUAAAUCAUGUGAAGAUGGGACUCUUGGUAUUUGUGCGCAAUCUGCUGCUAGCCCUCUGCCUCUUUCUGGUACUGGGAUUUUUGUAUUAUUCUGCGUGGAAGCUACACUUACUCCAGUGGGAGGAGGACUCCAAUUCAGUGGUUCUUUCCUUUGACUCCGCUGGACAAACACUAGGCUCAGAGUAUGAUCGCUUGGGCUUCCUCCUGAAUCUGGACUCUAAACUGCCUGCUGAAUUAGCCACCAAGUACGCAAACUUUUCAGAGGGAGCUUGCAAGCCUGGCUAUGCUUCAGCCUUGAUGACGGCCAUCUUCCCCCGGUUCUCCAAGCCAGCACCCAUGUUCCUGGAUGAUUCCUUUCGCAAGUGGGCUAGAAUCCGGGAGUUUGUGCCACCUUUUGGGAUCAAAGGUCAAGACAAUCUGAUCAAAGCCAUCUUGUCAGUCACCAAAGAGUACCGCCUGACCCCUGCCUUGGACAGCCUCCGCUGCCGCCGCUGCAUCAUCGUGGGCAAUGGAGGCGUUCUUGCCAACAAGUCUCUGGGGUCACGAAUUGACGACUAUGACAUUGUGGUGAGACUGAAUUCAGCACCAGUGAAAGGCUUUGAGAAGGACGUGGGCAGCAAAACGACACUGCGCAUCACCUACCCCGAGGGCGCCAUGCAGCGGCCUGAGCAGUACGAGCGCGAUUCUCUCUUUGUCCUCGCCGGCUUCAAGUGGCAGGACUUUAAGUGGUUGAAAUACAUCGUCUACAAGGAGAGAGUGGUCCACUCUAGAACAGUCGAUGGAGACAGCCAGGAGAGACAGCAGCAAGGGAAGUGGGAGCACAGGAGGGCAGACAGGAGACACGGCAGGCUCCUCCCAGCCCCUCAGCUGCUGCAGAUAGGGAGGCAGGGCAGCUGCACUGCUGGGUCUUCUCAUUGGCCCAGGAGCCCCCUCAGGCCACAGCAGCACACCCACAGCAUCCCACAUCCUGUGUCUGCCCGACGACUCCCUUCGUGUCCUCCUCUGUUACACACUGGAGCCCCACCACACGCUCUCUUCACCAUCAUUCCCCUUGUCCCUGUCACACACCCCAUUUCCCCAAACACAGAUGGGCUUCCUACACCACAGGCCCUGGGUUCCCCAUUAAACACCUCAUGCUCCCACCUCACUGUCCCUACUUGGGGUCCCUGCCACUCCCCUAGGCUCAUCCCUAGCUGUGUGCCUCGUUCAGGCCCGCUUUUGCUGUGUCCACAGAGUGCAUCGGAUGGCUUCUGGAAAUCUGUGGCCACUCGAGUGCCCAAGGAGCCCCCUGAGAUUCGAAUCCUCAACCCAUAUUUCAUCCAGGAGGCCGCCUUCACCCUCAUUGGCCUGCCCUUCAACAAUGGCCUCAUGGGCCGGGGGAACAUCCCUACCCUUGGCAGUGUGGCAGUGACCAUGGCACUACACGGCUGUGACGAAGUGGCAGUCGCAGGAUUUGGCUAUGACAUGAGCACACCCAACGCACCCCUGCACUACUAUGAGACCGUUCGCAUGGCAGCCAUCAAAGAGUCCUGGACGCACAAUAUCCAGCGAGAGAAAGAGUUUCUGCGGAAGCUGGUGAAAGCUCGCGUCAUCACUGAUCUAAGCAGUGGCAUCUGAGUGGGCCCAGCACAUGGCCAUAGAGGCCCAGGCACCACCAGGAGCAGCAGCAGCCAGCACCACCUACACAGGAGUCUUCAGACCCAGAGAAGGAUGGUGCCAAGGGCCCCAGGGGCAGCGAGGCCUUGGUGGAGCAGCCAGAGCUGUGCCUGCUCAGCAGCCAGUCUCAGAGACCAGCACUCAGCCUCAUUCAGCAUGGGUCCUUGAUGCCAGAGGGCCAGCAGGCUCCUGGCUGUGCCCAGCAGGCCCAGCAUGCAGGCGGUGGGACACUGGGCAGCAAGGCUGCUGCUGGAAUCACUUCUCCAAUCAGUGUUUGGUGUAUUAUCAUUUUGUGCAUUUGGGUAGGGGGGAGGGUAGGGAUAAUUUAUUUUUAAAUAAGGUUGGAGAUGUCAAGUUGGGUUCACUUGCCAUGCAGGAAGAGGCCCACUAGAGGGCCCAUCAGGCAGUGUUACCAGUUAGCUCCCUGUGGGGCAGGAGUGCCAUGACCAGCCUGUACCUUGCUGUGGGGCUACAGGGUGGUGGGCAGGAUCUCAAGCCAGCCCCCUUCAGCUCAUGACACUGGCCUUUCUUGGGGAGAAGAUGGGGUAUUCCCACUCACCAGCCCUAGCUGUCCCAUAGGGAAACCCUGGAGCCAUCCCUUCGGAGCCAAGAAGACCGCCCCGGGGCUACAGCAGAAAGAACUUUAAAGCUCAGGAGGGUGACGCCCAGCUCCGCCUGCUGGGAAGAGCUCGCCUCCACAGCUGCAGCUGACCCAUAGGACCACCGCAGGCCCAGACUCACCAACUUGCCGCAGCUGCAGCUGACCCAUAGGACCACCGCAGGCCUGGACUCACCAACUUGCCACAUGUUCUAGGUUUCGGCAACAAGACUGCCAGGUGGUUGGGUUCUGCCUUCAGCCUGGACCAGAGGGAAGUGAGGCCCAAGGACCUUACCCAAGCUGUGGCAGCCAUCCCAGGCCACCCCCGUGGAAGCAAUAAAGCUCUUCCCUGA